AUGGACGCAAAGGCCGCACUCGACGCCACCUCGACCGAGGAGUCGCUCUCGGCCCUGUCGACCCAACUCGUCUCGCUCGGCUACCUCUCGCGCCCUCUCGACCUCUCUACCCUCUUCCUCGCGCCCGCCCUCCCCUCCCAACCCUCGGCCAAGGCCCUCAAGCGCCACCACGACCUCCUCGUCCUCCAGGCCCGCGCCCGCGAGCAGAUCGCCAAGUGCCUGUGGGGCAUGCUCGACCAGCGCCAGAGCGAGCGCGAGGUCAUGGAGGGCUUGCUCGCCGGCGAGGCAAAGGCCGCCGACGACGCCGACCGGGAGCACAAGGCGCGCGAGCGGGCAGAGCGUGAGCGCGAGGGCAUUGCGAGGGACCUCGAGGCAGAACGGGCAAAGACCAAGGAGCUCGAGGUCAAGCUCAAGGCCGAGCAGGAGCGUCACCGUCAUGCGCGCGAGGAGCUCGGCAAGACCAAGAACGCCCUCCAGUUCGUCAAGACCCAGGCGACGCACGACCUCAAGCGCCGCGAGACCGAGGUCCAGUCGCUCCACCAGCGCCUGCAGAAGCUCACGUCGGCGCCUUCCUCGUCCGACAGCGCCUACACGCGCUUCGCCACUCUCAACUCGCCGAGCGCCUCCUCGCCCAACGCGUCACCGCUCUCGGCCACCUUUGGCGGCGUCAACGCCGGUCGCGCGUCCCGCCCAGGCGGCCGCACCCCGACCCCGACCUCGACCUCGAACCAGGCCCGCCACGGCUCGCCCAGCUCGGCCGUCCUCGAGGCCGAGCUCGACCUCGUGCGCACGUCGCUCGACGAGUGCCUCUCGGCUCGUGCGGCGCUCGAAGGCGAGUGCGCCGACCUGCGCGCGUUCGUUGGCGAGGUCGGCGAGUGGGCCGAGGGCAUGCUCGAGGUGCCCGAGCUCGUCGCGUCCUACCUCGUUCCGACGCCGCAUCUCGCCCUGCCCGUCGGCGCCCUCACCUCUCCCCUGCACCGCAAACUCUACGCCAUCCGCCUCGGCCUCCUCUCGCUCUCGUCGGCGUCGUCUUCCGCACUCAGCGCCCUGCGCGAGGAGCUCGAGCACGAGAUCGAGCGGCUCCACGAGGAAGUCGAGGAGGAGCAGAAGCGGCGCGAGGAGGUCGAGGGCGAGCGCGACGACGCGCGGGACCAGGUCAACGCGGGCGAGAAGGUCGUCAAGGAGUGGGCAGAGCGAGCUGAGAAGGAGGCGCAGAGGGCCAAGCAGGACGAGUCCGACGACGACCUCCCGCCCGAGAUCGAGGCGUCCCUCGCGCUCGACAAGCAGAAGCGUCUCGCGCGCAAGGCCGCCAAGCACGCUCCUCUCUCUUCCGCCUCGACCGCCGCGCCUGCACCCUCGACUGUCGCCGCCGCCGCUCGCCCGUCCAUCCCCUCGGCGCACGUCUCGGCCUUCCUCUCCGAGCUCGGCCUCGACACGCCCGGCCUCCCCUCGUCGUCGUCGUCGUCGGACGCACCAAGGGAGAAGGCGCCGCUCAAGGCCGACAAGGUCUCGAUCACGAGCGCUCGCGAGCGCGACCUCGCGCAGAGCCAGCGCGACCGCGACCGCGACCGCGAGGGCAAGCGGGAGCGCGUGCGCCCGAGCAUCGCUCGGCCGGCGGCAGCAGGGCGCGAGCGCGAGCGGGACGGCGAGGCGGAGCGCGAGGCGGACAAGGGCAAGGCGAGGGACGAGCGCGAGGGCGCCAUGCUGCCGCCGCCCAACCCGGUGCGGCGCACGUCGUCGUCGUCGCGUACGGCCGCACCCCCGACGCGCAAGGUCGCUGUGACCGUCUCGGCACCCACGCCGCCGCCGCAGAAGGCCGCCUCAGCAGUGCAGGACAUCCUCGCGCUCGCCGACUCGCCGCCGACGGUGUCCGAGCCGCUCGUCUCGUCUCGCGUCCUGGGCUCGUCGCGCGCCGUCAACAGCGCACCGCCGACGUCUUCGGCUGCGGCGGACAACGAGGACCGGGUGCGGGCCAAGAGGGCGGCGCUGCUCGCGGCGGCGAGGAGCUCGAGGGCGGCAACAUGA